AAAUCAGAUCUCUGCUGUGAUCUACUGAGGAGAGACUGAAGAUGGCAGUAAGUUCAUCAACAACUCUUCAUUUCUAGAGAGGGUUUUCAGUGUGAUGUUCAUCUCUUUCUCUCUCUGUCUCGUGUAGUUGGUGUUUUUGGCGGUUCUUCUCUUUGUUGUUCUGGUGAGCGGGUGCAGUCAGGAUGGAGACAUGCCGGUCGACUGUUCUGACCUUUAUAAAGCAGGACAAAAGCUCAGUGGGAUUUACUCCAUCUAUCCUGCAGGUGACAUUCCUGUCUGGGUUUACUGUCACAUGAUCUCAGAUGGGAAAGAUGAAGACAACGGAGGAUGGACGGUGUUUCAGAGGAGAAUGGACGGCAGUGUGAAUUUCUAUCGGCCGUGGAAUCAGUACAAGAGAGGAUUCGGGAAUGUGGAGAGCGAAUACUGGCUGGGGCUGGAGAACAUGUACCAGCUGACGCGUAAGAAGAAGUACAUGCUGAGAGUGGAUCUGGAGGACUUUGAAGGAAGGAAGGGUUUUGCUCAGUACUCGUCCUUCUCUGUGGAUUGUGAAUCUGACGGGUAUAAACUGCAUGUUUCAGGGUUCAAGGAUGGAGGAGCAGGCGACUCUUUAUCUGUCCAAAAUGAACAGAAGUUCACCACCUUUGACAAAGACCAAGACCCCUAUGAGAAUAACUGUGCCAAACUGUAUCUCGGGGCAUUUUGGUAUGCAGCCUGUCACUAUACAAACCCCAACGGUGUGUAUUUAUGGGGGGAAGAUCCCACCCAUUACGCCAUUGGUGUUGUUUGGUCAACCUGGAAGAAUUACGCUGUCAGUAUGAAAUCCAUCAGCAUGAAGAUCAAAUGUGUGUCUUAGACAUUUGAAGAAACAUUACAGUUUCCCAGAAACAAACAACUAAACAAUCAAAUUAAGGUUUUGGAUUUCCUU